AUGGAACACCACCAAACGUACUCAAAGAAGGCCAACACGGCCCCUUACGACCAGCCUCACGACCAAUCCCCACCACCGUACGAGGCUGUUCCGCAAGAUUUGACCGAAGCUCAAGGGAUCUCUGUGGAUAAUGACGGCCGUGUUGUUGUUGAUGCUAGUUCUCGGCUCUGCAGAUCUCUUUCUAAGCUAUUGCCCCAUGUUAUCCCCCAGACCUUACCACCACCAGACUGCUCAGGAAGGGUACCAACGUUCAAGUUUCCUCUGAAUAUUGUCAUUCAAAUCGUCGGCAGCAGAGGAGACGUCCAGCCAUUUGUUGCACUUGGGACGGAGCUACAAAAAACAGGCCAUCGCGUGCGUAUCGCAACACAUAAUGUCUUCGAGCAGUUCAUCCUCGAAGCCGGGUUAGAAUUUUACCCUAUCGGCGGCGAUCCGGCCGAUCUGAUGUCAUACAUGGUCAAGAAUCCUGGGUUGAUCCCCAGCCUAGACAGUGUUCGUGAAGGAGAUAUUCAAAAGAAGCGCUUGAUGAUGGCAGAGAUCCUUCAUGGUUGCUGGCAAUCUUGUCUGAUGCCGGAUCCUAUCACCAAUGCCCCCUUUGUGGCCAAUGCCAUCAUUGCCAAUCCUCCGAGUUUCGCGCAUGUUCAUUGCGCCCAAGCCCUGGGGAUCCCACUUCACUUGAUGUUCACAAUGCCGUGGAGUCCAACAAAGGCAUUUUCGCACCCGUUAGCCAAUUUGAAAAACAUACCGGCUGAUCAAGGGUGGCUUAAUCACGUCUCUUAUAGCGUCGUGGACUGGCUAUCAUGGCAGGGUCUAGGGGGCGUGAUUAACGAUUGGCGGAAGCAUGAGCUAGAGCUCGAGCCUAUCUCUCUUUCGGACGGUCCCUUCAUUCUAAGCAAACUGAAUGUUCCCUAUACAUAUUGCUGGUCCCCUGGCCUAGUUCCCAAACCUGAUGACUGGCCCCACAACUUUGACGUCUGUGGGUUCUUCUUCCGCGAUCCGCCCGACUAUCAGCCUCCUCUUGAGAUUGCAGAAUUUCUUAACGCCGGGCCACCUCCGGUCUAUUUUGGCUUCGGAAGCAUUGUCCUGGACAACCCGGAAGAAAUAACAAAAACGAUUCUCCAGACGGUUAAGGAAACUGGGGUUCGGGCGAUCAUUUCACGUGGUUGGAGCAAGCUGGGAGGCGUGGACCCGGGAGAACUAAACAGGAAUGAUGUUCUGUUUAUAGACGACUGCCCGCACGAAUGGCUAUUUGAACGUGUCAGUGCGGUUGUUCAUCACGGAGGCGCCGGUACAACGGCGUGCGGGCUACGGAAUGGCAAACCUACUAUCAUUGUACCAUUCUUUGGAGACCAGCCAUUUUGGGGAGAAAUGGUUUCUGCAGCUGGUGCAGGACCAGACCCUAUACCAUACAAACAACUCAAGGUCGCAACAUUAGCCCAAGCAGUGAAGUUUUGCUUAACGCCUGACGCAGUGCGUUCCGCACAGGGUAUUGCCGCCAAAAUGCAGCUAGACGAAGGAGUGAAAACAGCUGUGGCAUCAUUCCAUCGCAAUUUACCGCAAAGUCUGGUCGGAUGCGAUCUACUACCGGAAUUCCCAGCCUGUUGGAGAUAUCGCCUAGGCAAGAAGAGAUUUCGCCUGUCGAAAAUCGCUGCAGAGAUCCUCGUUGAAAACAAUCUGUUAGACGUUAAGAAGCUGAAACCAUAUCAACCAAACCCGAUUACCAUUGAGAACACGCGAUGGGACCCAGUGACUGGUAUCUCCUCUGCUGGAAUGGGGCUCACAUUUGAUAUGCUCAAAGCAGGAGGUGAUAUCUUCUAUAAGCCGUACAAGGUAUACCAAGAUGGUCGUACCUCACCUCUUCCAUCGCCAAGUGGAUCAGAAAACAAUACUACCCAGCUUUCGCCAGGAGACGGUGCAAAAUUAGUUCGAAAGGCCCAAUCGAUGAACGAUUUGGCAGCCCGCAGGGAUGUCGAGCCUAAACAAAAGGGCAGAGCUGCCGCGAUGGCUGCAGCAUCGACGCACGCUUCUGGGAAGCUUCUAGGAAAGGUGGCUUCUGGGUUCAUGGUUGAUCUGCCUUUAGCGGCGGCUGAAGGUUUCCGCGUCCUCCCUGGUCUAUACGGAGACAAGGUUCCGGAGUAUGGAAAAGUAAAAGAUUGGAAAACUGGCGCGGUUGCAGGUGCCAAAAGCUUUGCUAUUGGCAUGGGAGAAGCUGUGACGGGUGUGUUCUAUCAGCCAUAUAAAGGUGCCAGAGACGGAGGUGCCGCAGGUUUUGCGGGUGGAUUGCUCAAAGGCACUUUCGGGGUUAUGGGCAAGAUGGCACAUGGCUCACUCGGCCUUGUUGCCUACCCUAGCCAAGGUAUUAAACAGAGUAUUCAUUCUGCGUUCCAUAAGAGCACACGGAAGCUCAUUAUGGCGGCUCUUCACCUGGAGGGAUACGAUAUGCUUCGGCAAGAGAGAGUUAGAGGGAUUGAGGAUCGCUUGGUCAUCGAAAGGUUUACGGACAUGACCCAAAAUGACUUCGAAGAUGAUAGUGAUUACAUAUAA